AUUCUUUACUUUCUCUUUUCUUUUCUUUGAGAAUUCUCCUAAAAGUAUCAAUCAUCUUUUUUAUUUUUUUUCUCAGUUUUCUGUAAUUCUUUUUAAACAUGUCGUUCUCUUUCUUCAAAUCUCUGUUUACUAGACUAUACAAAAGAAUAAUAUGAAAUAUAUGAGUUUUACAUGAUCAUUUCGUUCAUUGUUUUGAUAGAAUUAGGUUAUAUUAAAAUACUAGAGCUUGUAAUUGAUUACCCAUGUAAUUGCAUGUAUUUUUUUUUUCAUUUCAUAAUCUAGUAUGAUUUUCUAUAGAAAAUAAUUAUUCUUAGAGAGUGACAAGGAUCUAUACGAUGUGAAUUUACCUAGCUAGGGUUAAUCAAGGAUUCUUCAAAAAUGCUUUUGUCACAAUAUGAGGAAUCUCCACCUUCCUCCUCCUCCUAUCAUUCAAAUUUUAAAUCUUCUUUGUAUAACAAGGAUUCAUUAUCCAAUCCACUAUUUGGAGAUAGUAACAACUCUUCUUCUAAUGAUAACAACGACAACAAUAAUAGUAUUAAAUUGUCGGAUUCAUCUAAAGAAGGAUCACAAUCCCCUCCACCUCCGCCACCACCACCUCCACCCCCACCACCACCGCCUCCACCACCACCUCCCGGCUCUCAUCCACUUAACCCUCAUGGACACAAGUCACCACCACUACCAAAAAAUGAUAGAGACUCAUCCAACAAUAAUAAUCAUAAACCUCUUUUUAUAGGAAUUGGUGUUUCUGUUGGAUUAUUAUUACUCCUUAUGCUAGUUUUUCUCAUAUCUUUGUGUAAAAAGAAAAGAAGAAGAAGACCACAUGAUCAAAUGGGAUUAUACAUGGACAAUUCUUAUAGACACAAGGGAAAUGAUUAUCAUGACAACUAUAGUGUCCGAUCUAGCGAACAUGUUGUUAAGAUACCCCCAACAACUACUAGUGGUAGAGUUAGCUCAGAAUAUAAUUGGCCAUUAGCACCACCACCGCCACCACCAUCAAUGAGCAACACAAGCUCCUCAAAUUUCUCAAGCAAUCAACAACAAACAUUUAAUGUGGCAUCACCAUCUAAUUUAUCUUCUGGUUUUAUUAACCAAAGACAUUAUAGUUAUGAUGAUUUGGCAAAUGCGACGAGAGGAUUUUCCAAGUCCAAUCUUCUUGGACAAGGUGGAUUUGGAUAUGUACAUAAAGGAAUUUUACCUAAUGGUAAAGAAAUCGCGGUAAAAAGUUUGAAAUCAAAUAGUGGACAAGGAGAAAGGGAAUUUCAAACUGAAGUUGAAACUAUAAGCCGUGUAAAUCAUCGACAUCUUGUCCCUUUAGUUGGUUAUUGUAUUGCUGGAUCUCAAAGGAUGCUUGUCUAUGACUUUAUUCCUAAUUACACUCUUGAAUAUCACCUUCAUGGAUCUGGAAACCCAGUUAUGAAUUUCCCAAUAAGGCUUAAAAUUGCAACAGGAACAGCUAAAGGGUUUGCUUAUAUUCAUGAAGAUUGUCACCCUCGAAUUAUUCACAGAGAUAUUAAAGGUGCAAAUAUCCUACUAGAUAACAACUUUGAAGCCAAGGUGGCUGAUUUUGGGUUAGCUAAGCUUGCAGCCGAUAACUUCACUCAUGUGUCUACUCGUAUCAUGGGAACUUUUGGGUAUUUGGCACCAGAGUACGCUUCGACGGGGAAGUUAACAGAAAAAUCUGAUGUAUAUUCUUAUGGUGUUAUGCUUCUAGAACUUAUAACAGGACAUCGUCCUACUGAUGUCAACAGUGACGGUGAUAACUUAGUUGAUUGGGCUAGGCCAAUUCUAAAUCGUGCAAUGGAAGGUGGAAAUUAUGAUGAAUUAAUAGAUCCGCGUUUGGAAGGAAAAUUUGAUAGACAACAAAUGUUAUGCAUGGUCACUUGUGCUGCUGCAUCCAUUAGACAUUCUUCAAAAAGACGACCAAAAAUGAGUCAAAUUGUACGUACUUUAGAAGGUGAUGUUGCUUUACUGAAUGAUUUAAAUAGAGGAUCAACGCCAGGAAUAUAUGGAUCAGGAGAAAGUUCAGAAUGUGAUGGAGCUGGUUCAUCAUACGGCAAUAUUAAAAAGUCCAAAAAAUCUGAAAUAUCAAGCGAAGAAUACACAAGUAGUGAACAUGGGUCAACUGGUGAGUUUGUCCAGUCCAAGGCUCAAUUGUAGACGCAAAACAUACCUUUAUACUA